AUGGCCAUCCCUGGCGCUGAUGGCAGCCGCAAACGCGCGGCACCCCGCUCCCCGCGCAAUAGCAGCUACGGCACGGGUGUGUUCUGCGAGUCUAAGCGUUCAUCCGAAGAAGAUGCGGCGACUGAGGACCCAGAGGAUGAAGCUAAAGACAGUGAUGUGUUCCUGCGGAGAGGAGCACGUCAGCUGCAGACUCAAACGCUACGUCUGCGCCGCAACGUUGCAUGUGCCUUCGUGGUGGGCGUGGGCAUCAUCGCACUGUUGCUGGUUUCCUAUGUGCACAAGGAGCGAAGUCAGAGUCUGCGCGCGGCCGCUGGACCCGCCUCUACUCGACUGGAGCUGCUGAACCAGGUGCUGCAACAACUACCCGAGCUACCGGCGCUCGAGACGAGAAUGUCAAUCAACGGAGAGCUCAAUACAACCAUAACAGUAGCUGAGAAGCUCGUGGACAACGGUCCUAUCGCCUUCUACACCCGCGCGUAUGAGGACAGCGUCCCUGGUCCAAUGCUCGUCUUGAAACCAGGCGACGUACUGAACAUCCACCUGGUCAACAACUUGGGCCCUAACGUGGCUGGAGAGUGGACAGCUAACACAAUGCACGAGCCCAAUAACACCAACCUGCACUUCCACGGGAUGCACGUGGACCCCACAGGAACAGAAGACAACGUGUUCCGAAUUGUGGCUCCUGGAGAGAGCGCAGACACGCAUCUGCACGUGCCACUAAACCAUCCGAGAGGCCUUUUCCACUACCACCCACACUUCCACGGCUCCGUAUUCUUACAAAUGGGAGGUGGGAUGGUGGGUCCUAUUGUCGUGGAAGAUGACCCGGCGACUGUGCCGGCAGAGUACGCAGCAAUCAAGCAGCGACAUGUCAUGGUGCUUCAGGAAUUCAAGUUCACUGGAGGCAUAAUGACGUCGAUGGUGGAAGCAGCCAAGGCGUCGCGCAGUACUCUGGACAUGCAGGUCAUGUACACGGGCAAGACCAAGCUGGACGCACAGGUUCGCAAACUCUACCCGGACGUUCAGGAGACUGAACGCCCCAUUAGAAACGCCAAGCUAUCGAAAGAACUACUGCAAGAAACAGACUCGUCGAAGGAGAAACCUCAGAUCCCUCCCAUUGCCCAGUAUUUCUCCGUCAAUGGCGAGUAUCUGCCGAAGAUUCAAGUGCGUCCACACGAGAACGUCCUUCUCCGAAUGUUGCAUGCUGGUGGCACCGCCUCAUUGGAAGUGCAAGUGCCCGGCUGCUCUAUUAUGCUGGCAGCCAGUGACGGUCUUUACAUGGCAAAGCCCCGUCCAAUGGAGACCGUGAUCCUUUUGCCUGGUGCUCGCGUCGACGUUGUGUUAAACUGCGAACCGGCAACGGAAGUUGGUCCUGAGAUACUGCGCCCGAUUCAAUCUGUCAAGGACCCCAAACUACACGGAUUUAUGGGCAACCACUCGGAUCUCUACUCUGGAGUCCUGGCUUUCAUCCACGUCCAGGGCGAGUCACUCGACGAGCCUCUUGUCACUGCUGUACCUCCGCCUUCAGAGCUCUAUGGACCUGCUAAGAGUCUACUUGAACUCUCCGCAGUAGACCGUGCCGGGAUGGAUCCGCUACCGUUUGAGUUCGAAUUCACUAUGGGCGAUCCGGAGAUGAAGGACGGGUUCUUCUACAAACCAUACUACAUCAACCACGCGCUUUUCGACGGCACCAGCAUCCGAACUAUGCCUCUCGGUCGGGUACAGGAGUGGGUCAUCAUCAACCGGAGAGAUGAAAGCGGCGCAGUGACUCUCAAGAACCAUCCGUUUCACUUGCAUACGAACGCUUUCCAGAUUGUGGACAUGAGUCACGGCCACGGCAUCGACUACGAGAUCGGCGACUGGCGCGACGUCAUCUCCGUCCCCACUCCGGGUAACGUGACAAUCCGGUUCCGUCCGGAAGAUUAUACCGGUAUUGUGGCGGCACAUUGUCACAUCCUCGGUCACUCUGAUGCCGGUAUGAUUGCCGGUGUGGAAAUGGUCUCGGGUGACUAA